AUUAAAGCUGUCCCAGCCUUAAAAGGUCCUGACGGGGUCUUGAGCAUUCUGCCGAGUGGCAGCAUUAUUUUAGCUCAGUGGACUCCCGUCCUGUCCACUGCCCCUCACCCUGCUGCUUUCCCCGGAUCUGAACUUGCUUUAGCUCUUUUUUUGGAAUAGGACACCCUUUCUCUCAUUUUCGACGACUGUGGAUUGGUGGAUUCUUAGUCGAGAGCUGGUUAAGUAAAACGAACAGUCAACAUAUAAGUUGGCGGAGUGACCCUCAGGAUGUCAGGAUCAUUACAAGUGACGCAGAAGCUGCAGCAUCAGCAGCAUCAGCAUCAUCAUCAUCAGCAUCACUAUGAGAGCAGCUGUCACCUGAGCACCAAGUCGUCUGUUAAGCAACAGUCGUUCUCUACAUACAAGACCACCAGCCGUCGCCAGAAGACCACUGUUGAGACCGAGAAGGGGCACGCGGUGCUGAAACUGAGCCCCCUACCCACCAGAGCCAAACGCACCUACCUGGCGAUGGACACGGACAAGGAAGUUAUCGGCUACGUCAUUCCCGUAUUUAGAGCCAAUCAUGAGGUUGUUCGUGGUCUGAUGGAGGCCCGGGAGGAGGAGGUCACGGAGGAGGGCAUUAACUACGUGGCCAUGAGGAACCUGUUUGUCAGGGAGGCCAGUGAGGUUGUGGACGUUAAAGUGGAGAAGAGAACCAGAACCACGUUUAUCAGGCAAUUUGCCGGACAUCUGGAGUUUAACAAGACGUUGGAGGAAUGGACAGAGUUUCGUAAGAAGAUGAACCCAGACAACCUGACGCACCUUCCAGAGUUCAUCAUCAAGCCCCGCGGGCAGACCGUCUGGGAGGGCAAGACGGUCAAGCUGCACUGCACUGUGGCCGGAUGGCCGAGACCCAGGAUGGCCUGGUACAAAAACAAUGUGCUCAUCGAUGCCAAGGCCCACCCUGACAAGUACACAGUCGAGAGCACUUUCAACAUGCACUCCCUGGAGAUCAAGAACUGUGAUUUCAUCGACACCGCUCAGUACCACGCCUCCGCCCUCAACGUCAAAGGGGAAGUUUCUUCUGUGGCUACUAUCGUUGUCAAAAGGUUCCAGGAGGGCGAGGAAGCGGGCCCGCUCGAUCCGAAACCACAUGGUUUCUGCGCCGAGCACGGCGUCACCUUUAAAACAGCCAUCAUUGACAAAUUCGAAGUGGCCUUUGGCAACGAAGGCGAGACGAUGAGUCUGGGCUGCACUGUCAUCGUUUUUCCCACCGUGAAGAAAUAUCAGCCGGAGGUCGUGUGGUCCAGAAACUCCGUCCCCCUGAAGCCCUCUAAAUGGGUGCGCACCCACUGGUCCGGGGACCGAGCCACCCUCACACUCACCCACCUCAACAAGGAAGACGAGGGCUUGUACACCCUGCGCGUCAACACCAAAUCUGGCUUUGAUAGCUACUCUGCUUACGUGUUCGUCAGAGAUUUCGAGGUGGAGGUGGAGGGGGUUCCCGUGGCCCCUCUGGAUGUGCGCUGUCAUGAUGCCAACAAGGACUAUGUGGUGGUCACCUGGAAGCAGCCAGCGGUGGAGGGCAGCAGCUCCAUCCUGGGAUACUACAUCGACAGGUGCGAGGUGGGCACUCACCACUGGGCUCAGUGUAAUGACGUCCCGGUGAAGUACGCCCGCUUCCCCGUCACCGGGCUGGUGGAGGGGCGCUCUUAUACCUUCAGGGUGCGGGCUUUGAACCAGGCAGGAGUCAGCCGUCCAUCCCGUGUCUCCGAGGCCGUGGUUGCCAUGGAUCCCACCGACAGAGCCCGCCUCAGAGCCGGCCCCUCAGCUCCUUGGACUGGGAUGAUCAAGUUCACAGAGGAGGAUCCCACUGGGGGAAUCGUCCCCGGAGAACCUUCUGACGUUGCGGUUACUGAGGCCACCAAGAGCUACGUGGUGCUCGCCUGGAAGCCCCCGGUCCAGAGGGGUCAUGAAGGAGUCAUGUAUUACAUUGAGAAGUGCAUCUCAGGGACGGACACCUGGCAGAGAGUGAACACCGGCAUGCCGGUGAAGUCUCCCCGCUUCGCCCUGUUUGACCUGGAGGAGAGUAAAUCCUACAGCUUCCGCGUGCGCUGCUGCAACUCCGCUGGCGUGGGCGAGGCCUCCGUAUCCACGGGAGAGAUCAUGGUCGGAGAUAAAUUGGACCUGCCCUCUGUGCCGGGCAAUCCAGUGGCCAUCAGGAACACCGGCACCUCGGUGGUGGUCCUGUGGGGGGCCUCGAAGGAGGUCAAACACCUGGUCGGCUACUAUAUCGAAUACAGUGUGGUGGGAACCGAAGAGUGGAUGCCUUGCAACAACAAACCUGUCAAGCAGACCAGGUUUGUGUGCCACGGCCUGACCUCCGGGUCAAACUGCGUGUUUCGGGUCAAAGCGGUCAACGCCGCUGGAUACAGCCACAGCUCCUCCAAUUCUGAUGCCGUGGUUGUGCAGGCGGCCAUCUCCGUCCCUGGAAAGGCCACUGGUGUGACGAUGCUAGAGGCUGUAAAGGACUACAUGAUGCUGGCCUGGACCCAGCCUGCUAGCAAUGGAGGAGCAGAUAUCAGGGGAUACUUUGUGGACUACAGGACCGUGAAGGGAGACGUAGUUGGAAAAUGGCACGAGUUGAACCUCAAGGCCGUGACUGCUACCUCCUAUAAAGCUGAGAACCUGAAGGAGAACGUCUUCUACCAGUUCCAGGUGCACACUAUGAACAUGGCGGGUGUGAGUAAAGCCUCUCUGGCUACUUCAGCUCUGGAGUGCAAGGAGUGGACCCUUACUGUGGCAGGUCCUCCUGUUGGUCUCCAUGGGCUGGAGGUCCGUGACACCUCCGCCGUGGUCCUGUGGGAGCCGCCCGCAUUCGACGGCCGCACUCCGGUCAACGGCUACUAUUUGGACGUCAAGGAAGCCUCCGCCGGAGAGCAAGGCUGGAAGGCUGCUCACGAAAAGGUCAACAAGAUGAAAUACAUGAAGGUGACGGGGCUGAAGUCGGGUACAUCCUACGUCUUCCGUGUGCGUGCUCAGAAUCUUGCUGGAGUUGGAAAGCCCUCAGCAGUGUUGGGUCCAAUCCUGGCCCAGACUCGCCCUGGCAACAACGAGAUUUAUGUGGACGUUGAUGAUGACGGAGUGAUCUCUAUGAUAUUUGAGUGCUCCGAGAUGAAGGAGGGCUCUGAGUUUGUUUGGUCCAAGAAUUACCAGACUAUGACAGACACCUCUCGCAUGACUAUUGUCACUGAACGGGGCAGGUCCAGAGCCAUCUUCAACAGUCCCUCCAUUGAGGAUCUGGGCAUCUUCUCCUGUGUGGUCACCAACACUGAUGGCCUCUCCUCCAGCUACACACUCACUGAGGAGGGUCUCAAGCGUCUUCUGGACAUCAGCUAUGAGCACAAGUUCCCUGUUAUUCCCUUCAAGAGUGAAAUGGCCAUGGAGCUGCUGGAGAAGGGUCGCGUGCGUUUCUGGACUCAGGUGGAGAAAUGCACCGCGGCCUGCCAAGUGGAGUACGCCUUUAAUGAUGUCCUCAUUACUCAGGGAAAGAAAUACACAAUGAACUUCAACAAGUCCACCGGCAUCAUCGAAAUGUUCAUGGACUCUUUGGAGGUCAUCGAUGAGGGAACGUUCACCUUUAACCUGGUGGAUGGCAAGGCUAAGGGUACCACCAGUAUGGUGCUCAUUGGAGAUGAGUUCAGGGAGCUUCAAAAGAAAUCUGAGUUUGAGAGGGCAGAAUGGGUCAGGAAGCAAGGUCCUCACUUUGUCGAGUACCUCGGGUUCACUGUUACGACAGAAUGUAACGUGCUGUUGAAGUGCACGAUAGGCAAUGUCAGACCAGAGACUGAGAUCACCUGGUCCAAGGACAACAUUGAGAUUGCAGAGGAUGAUGAUGACGCAAAGAAAAUCGAGAGAAAGGACGGCGAACUGACCUUUAAUAUCGGAAAGUGCGUUAUUAAGCAAGACAAACCGAAAGGAAAAGAAGGAAAAAAGCCAACCGCAGAGGACGUUGCCCCGCCACCAAGACCCAAAAUCUCCAAGGCGGACACGGGUAUUUACCAGGUGGUCCUGAGGGACGACCGAGGCAAAGAUAAGAGCAUCUUCCAUCUGACGGACGCAGGAUACCAAGCUGUAAUGAAUGAGCUGUUCAGGGUUAUUGCCAACUCCUCCACUGAGCUCAAAAUCAUCAGCACUGAACACGGCAUCAUGCUGUACUCCGAGGUCACGUAUUACAACGAGGAACAGCGUGUUGGAUGGAUGCACAAAGAUACUAAGAUGUCCGCCUCAGAGAGAGUUACGUCUGGAGUCACAGGAGAGCAGCUUUGGCUAAAGAUCAAUGAGCCCACUGAGAAGGACAAAGGCAAAUACUCCAUGGACAUCUUCGAUGGCAAGGACGGUGUAAAGAGAACAUUUGAUCUGACUGGCAAGGCAUGGGGAGAGGCAUUUGAAGAAUUCCAAAGGCUCAAGGCGGCAGCCAUCGCAGAGAGAAAUCGCGCUCGUGUUGUCGGAGGCUUGCCAGACGUGGUUGCGAUCCAACAGGGCAAGUCCCUGAACCUGACCGGCAAUGUGUGGGGCGAGCCUGCGCCCGAGGUGAGCUGGACGAAGAACGACAAGACGCUGGUAUCUGGCGAGCGCUACACGCUCAAGUACGAGCACGGCAAGUUUGCCAGCAUCACAAUCGCCUCCGUCACCACGACUGACUCUGGCAAGUACGCCCUCCUGGUCAAGAACAAGUACGGCACAGAGGCCGGCAAGUUCACCGUCAGCGUCUACAACCCGGAGGAGGAGUAGGAGAACAAGGAGGGGAAGAAAGGCUAACAGAAAGGAGAAUGCAAUGUCAUGAAAUAAAGCCUGAGAAGGUGGACGACUGGGCUGUCAACAAAGCGUUUUACCCCGGCACAUGGCGGUGCACUGAGCAGUUUAAAUAAAUUAUGAACACAACUGCUUCCUCGUGCCUCGUUCAUGUGCUGGGAUAAAGAGCUUUGGGCAUUGCUUAUCGAGGAGGAAAACAAUGAAUGUGAAAUAGAGAAGGUAAUAGUGUGCUUGGCAGUUAGCUUGACUUGUCUCCCGUCCGAGUUCAGCAGUAAAUGUAAUGUUGAAUUAUUAAUCUUUGUUUUAGCCAGCAAAGCAAAAACUGUUUUCUUAAACUAUUUGCAGUAUUACAUUUGGAAAGCCUUUUGACCUUUGAAACUAAGUCGAGUUAUGUAAUGGAAACAAAAAAAAGGGAAAAACAAAACUGAGGUCAUGACCGUCCUAUCUGCUUGGUAUUGUGAGAGAUUGGAACAUAAACACGUUCGUGGAUGUUUCAGAUGCUUUGAGGUGUGUCGAGCUCUUGGUGUCUAUUUAAAUUGGACUGUGCGUGUAUGCUAUCUGUCGUUGACGUCAUGUUUGAAACCAUCUGAUUAGAACAGCUUGUAGGAGACCGCGAUGUUGAGCAUAAUACUACACAUAAUUCAAAGUCGUUCGUUUAAGGUUUCAGACACGGCCUCCAUCUUGGACAGGCAUAACUUGCAUGCCUUUGGAUAUAUCUCAACAGAACUCGUCAGACGCCGUCAUAGAAAUGUGUUCAAAGGGAUUGUUGUACAUCAAGUACAAUAAAAUCACGAAAACCAGAUAAACUGCCCUGCAGCAUUGUUGGUAUGUGUGUCUAAUUGACAAGUUAACAGACUGUUUCCCCUUCAGGUCACUCCUUGUAAUAAAGGUGCACGUGCUUUAAGGUU